AUGUCCCAAGACGCCGGUGAGAAAGAUAUCGCUUGCAGUGAUGGCGAGCCAGCCGAACCUCAUCGUGACGACACCGCACGUUUCACAUCAUCGGCACCACUGGCAUCUCGUGGUCAUGCAACUCCCAACGCAGAUCCGAAGACGGAACAGAAUGACGAACGCUUACAGGACUCACAACCACAUUUGAACGAUGAUGAAGACACUAACGAUGAAGACGAACCGGCUUCCGAUCCGGCCGACCCUCAAGAACCCAUUGAGCGCUUCCCGUGGGAAAACUUAAUGGCGCGUUAUCAUGAAAAGAUGCACGAUCUGCAGAGCCAGGAAGAUCAAAUUUUGCAAGAGUUCAAUGGUCUUUGCGAUUACUUCAGCACUUGGGCUGCUGCCGGCUGUCGCAAGGAGGUCGAUCGUAGCUUUAAAAGACUCAAAACUCAACAAUAUUUCGUGGAGCACGAAGAGCGUUUGCUUGAGGAACGACGCAUUCGCUACGUCAAGGCAAUUGUGGCAUUCAAGAGUGCGCUUGAACUCCUUGGGGAUUGA